UUCGACUAUUUUUCAGAGUUGAUGCAUGAUGGCACCGAGCCUCAAUGCAACGGCGUGUCACACGACAGCGACGAGGAACAGGAUUCGGCGCCCGUAUGGCACCUUACUAACAAAUACUACAGUGCAUCAGUGCGUUUGCGGGCCCUGGCCGACAGUUGUGAACCAGAUCCUGGGGAUGAUGUGCAGGCACAUAUUAUAUACCUUACUGAGGAUGAGUGUUCAGACGACACCGCUUGCGUGCGUCGCGCGGCAGCCGCACGAGCGUCGCGCAACGCCGUCCGCCUCGUCGCCGCACGAAUAGACCACGAACCACCCGCCCUAGCGACAUGGGCGCGAAGUUCUCACUACGAACUAGUGCCACUACUAGCGCCACCUGUCGAACAAGAUGAGGAUUUCCCUGAGGCGAUAGGAGUAGCGCGUUUGCGUGAGGCGCUCCAUGCGCACGCGUGGCCGGGGAUGCGCCGCGCUGGCGCCGUCAGAGCACCGGCACCUGACUUGAACGAUGACUCAUCGUCAGACUCCUCGUCGUGGGGUUCGUGGAUGGGUGCGGACGAGGCGGGCGCAGUGGAACGCGCUGAACAGUUUGCUGACGCGCUAGCCAUGCUGCCCGCAAGACGCGCUGAAGGUGACGACGACGCUGCUCGGAGGUUACACGCAGAACAACUGGUGGUUGCUUUCUGUCGCGCGUUGGGGCACGACUUGAACUUAGAUGGGGACUUAUAGAAACUCUCAAGACAAAGAUAUUGCUUCUACCAGGCGUGUGUCACUCCGCGAUUUCGUCGCUUUGCUACAGGUGGCUAAAAGUACAUCCGUUCGGCCCCAAUUUUGGGGUUUGCCAUAAGCGGUGCGUGGCGCUGUCGCCACCUAGCGGCCAUAUCUGUGCUGAUCGUAACAGACGCGUUUUGUUAGAGAGUGAGUCUUCUGUACUUAGUACUAUUAUGUAUUCUGUGCCUCUACUGAGCUACGAGACCUAGCUGUAUGUGGCAAAUACUCAGUUGUUAUUAGAGAUGCAACAGAUAGUUGUUUGGCCGGAUACCGGACGUUUGUCCUAAACAUAGGCCGAAUAUUCGGUAUCCACCAACCAAGUGUCACAAGGAGGGGGGGGGGGGGGGGUCUAAAAACCUAGAAAUUCGUGUGAUGUAAUUAAUGGAUGACCCCAUACAUCUCGCUCGCAUUAAUAUGCGAGUACGAGCGAGAUGCAUAGAAAGUAACGCUCGCGCUAGCGUAUUUGUCAGUGUUAAACUGGUGGUAGCCAUACAGAAGUUAACGCAAAUCAGUUUGUGUACUUAUUGUUAGAUAUAUGUAUGCUCAACCAGGCUUGGCUCACUCGGCAUUUCGUCGCUUUGCUACAGGUAGCUAAACGUACAUCCGUUUCACACCAAUUUUCGUGGCUAGCCAUAAGCCGCGCGUGGCGCUGUCGCCACCUAGCGGCCAUAUCUGUCCUGAUCGUAACAGACGUUUGUUAGAUUAGUCUUCUGUAUCUAGUACUAUUAUUUAUUCUGUGACUCAACUAAGGCGAGAUAAUAAAACGCUCGAAUUCGUGUUGUAUGCGUAUAUUUGUAAAAAACGAUACAAACGCAGAUAUGUGCGACGCUCGGGUGAGGCGGGUUCGCGUGGAUAUAAUGUACACAAAAAAAGAGUUUGCAAUUUUUUUGCUUGUAGAAAUGAUGAAUAAUUUUGUAACAUGUAUUCGAAUUUAUGAUGACUAAGCGGAACCAUUACUUUUUUUAUACAAAAUAAAUAAAUGAAAUACGAUUACUUAUCUUAAGACCCCAUUCGCACGAGAGCUUUUUCAACGCGCGUUAAAAUACCGCUUGAAUCUGUCCGCACUCUAAAUUCGAUUUAACGACCAACGCUUAAAGCUGAAAAUCCAACAACUCUUGAUUAAAAGCGCCACCACUGUCGUGUGAAUAAAUGCACAUGUAUCCAUUUGUGUCAUCCAUACGCUUUUUUAACGCGCGUUGUAAAAGCGCCCGUGGGAAUGUGGCCUAAUACUUAGAGACUUCAUCAAUUUGUAAAAACAAUGUAAAAAUAUGUCAAUAACCUAGUAACAUCCAAUGUGCAAUGCAAUGUACACUGCAUUUCAAUAAGUAGCAUUUCUUUUGUCUUAUCAUCUAAAUUCAUCCCAAUUUACUGUACAACAAGGUUCAAAUUAAAAAUACGAACAUUUUGUAUGGUGAGCCUUAAGAGCUCUUUGUAAGGAACUUUUAUAUAAUCUACGAUUAUACAAGGUGUAUCCGUAUCGGCGCAAACCCGCACACUCGAGCGCUAUAUCAUUAUUAAUAAGCCUCCCUAACUUUAUUGUGAUGUUAAUGUAUAAUUUUAAUAAUGUAAAUACAAUAAAAACUUAACCUUACACUACUCCAAAUAUAACUGUUUCAAUUGCAAAAACAACUUUAAUCUCGUCGUUUGAUCGCUCCGCUAAUAAGGCUGUGGACUGGACGCAAGCGGCCAACCAAAUGUAUGAACGGCCUUGAUUUGCCGCUCACCGCUUGCGUCCAGUCCUCGGCCUAACAAUAACAAUUAUAAAUUCAUUUGAUCCAUGUAACACAACAAUAACAUCACCCGUUAUAUAUUUAUAAAUAUAUAAUAAUUGAACAUUAAAUUUGUAAAUAUAAGCUUGUCAGGUGAUUUUAGGAACUAAUGUUAAAAUAUACGAAAUGCAUAAAUUGACAAUCUUAGCUUUUUUGCUUUUCCAUAUCUUAACCCCAUACACAGACCUACUAAAAUUAAAAAGGUACAAUCAACCUCAUCGAUAUUAUUUCUUACACACUUUUUAUUAAAUGUAGGUAUAUAAGCAUUUAGCAUUUAAAAAAAAAACCUGCGUACUCAUAGCCUGAACGGGACUUGAAUGCGUAACCUUUCGGUCUUUGAAUUUCCAAAAUCAUGUGGCACUUGUCCGACAGUAGACGAUCAGCGAGUUUUUCUAGCAUUUCUAUAAAAUCAUUAUUUUUACGGUCAACACGGGUUCUAUAUUCUGAAUCUGGACUCACAUAAAGUCCAAAAAUGCUAAGCAUAUAUAAUAAAAAUAUAUAUUUUUAUAAAAAUAAAUAACAGAUAUCAAAAAUAAAUAGAAACAAUUUGUUUUUAAAACUGCGAUAUCACAGAAUAAUAAACGUUUAUUUACAACUUCUAUCAGUCCAGUCUAGAGUUGUGCUGUUUUCGAGAACGGUCUCCGUUGACUAUGGGAAAUAUUCUCGAGCGAACUUUCCCAAUACAAACGAACAACGUUCUCGAGAACGGCACAACUCUAGUCCAGUCUACACACACGCGUUUCUUUACGCUACUCGCUUUCUCUCCGCCGGUCAGACCACAGCCUACAACAGCGUCCUGUGUAUGGGUGUUGCACAAAUAUUUAACAGGCCACACAAUUCAUAACAAAGAUACAUUGACUGUGUAAACUCUAAAAUAAAUGUGUGCCUUGAUUUUGACAGAUAGAUGGCGCUAUACAGCUCCGUAUAUUAUGCGGUAACUCUGAUUGUCAAAAGUUGACGUUUGACAAGUCAGUGACCAAAAACAUAUGGCGCAGAACGGCUGUCAAUCUAGAGGGCACGUUUUUAUAUUAAGGCCAGUCCAGACGGUAAAGACAAAUUGAUGAUUUGGUCAAAAUUAAAUUGGCGUCAAUCUCAUAUAGCGUACACGUACAAAAUUUAAUCCACCAUUUUAGAUUUAUGAUGAGUCCAGCGCUCGAAAUUAUAAAAAACGCCUCUAAACGCGUACAGCGUUGAAAAUUGGCAUCUCCUGAUUUGAUCGUUUACAAAUUUCACAAUC